AUGCCUUCUCCGACGAUAGUACCAAUACAACAGGACAGCGUCCAUCCUCGUAGAAUAGCGGCGGUAUACUGCGAGUUUUCUGUUCACACAUCGCAUCCAGUAAUGACGGAUCCGUUGAACGUUAUACGGAAGAAACUCUUAGCAACACCAACCCUUCAGGGUGUAGCACUGACUUUCAGUCAAGAAGUAAAAUAUCUGGGCGUGGUGCUGGAUUGUACGUUUUCAUACAAGCAGCAUGUUGAUUAUGUCUACAAGAAGUCGAUAGCGAUCAUCUCAAUAGACAAAUACAAAACUGCAGCUUAUCCAGAUGUAGCGGGCUGCAUGCCUAGCUUAACUGGUGCUAUGCGAAUAACAUCGAGCUUUCCUAAUGAGGAAGUAGCAAAAUUCAGUCUGAGUCAAAACAACAACUUCGUUGCCACAGGUAUUGCGACUGGACACUGUAGCUAA